ACAAAAGGCGGGAAACAUUACAAAUAUUGGCGCUAAAACCACCACUCACCUCAUAAAAACCCUCUCUUCUCCCUCAAAACCAUUUUCCCCAGAUUUCAAACCCCCCAUUUUCUCUCUCCUCCAAAAACAAAAAAAAUGAUGUUCUCUCAAAGCCAGUACGACAACAACAAUGGCUUCUCUUCUUCUCAAUUCACUCAAUCUGAUUCCACACCUUCUCCUGCUAAAAGUAGAGAUCCACAUGGAACAGUUCCAGUAUCAGUGAAGCAAAUUAGCCAAGCUUCUCUCUCCUCCACCGACGAUAAAUCCAGUUUCAACAUCGACGGUGUUGAUGUUACCAUUGUUAAGAUGGUUGGGAUGGUAUUCGAUAAGGUAGAGAAAGUGACCGAUGUUUCUUUCAACAUCGAUGAUGGAACCGGUCGUAUCGGCUGCAAAAGAUGGCUUAAUGAAGCUUUUGAUAGACAGCAAAUGGAGGUCAUAGAAGAUGGCAUGUAUGUAUGGCUUGUUGGUCACUUGAAGAACACCAGAGGCAAUACAGAAGUAGUUGUGUUUAACAUGCGGCCUAUUAGUAAUUUCAACGAGAUAACCCUCCAUCAUGUAGAGUGCAUUCACCAGCAUAUAUUGAACAACAAAGCACAGAGAAUUGACUCCAUUCCUCAAAGUCAGAUUAUGGAAUCAUCACACACAACUCCAGUUAAAGUUGAAUCUAACGGAUUCCACUCAUCUCCACCUAACCAAUUCUCGAUGCAGAUGAGUGUUGACGGGUUGAAAGACAUUGAUCAGAGGAUAGUCAAUUAUCUACAGCAACCUUCGAGACUGGCCGAAGAAAAGGGUGUACACAGGGAUGAAAUUGCUCGGCAUUUGAAGGUUCCUGUGGAGAAGAUCAUGGAAUCCAUCACGUGUCUGGAGGACGAAGGCAUGGUAUACUCAACAAUCGACGAAUUCCACUUUAAAUCUACUGUUGCUUAAUACCAUAUUAGCAAUGGACUAGAGAGCGGAAUUGGCGAAUAUCUACUUUUGAAAGUUAUCUCUUUUUGUGUCUCAGGUAUUAGUGAUGAACUAACUGAUGACUUAUUCAGUUAUGUUUUCAUAGUAUGAUUUUUGGAAAAGUAUGGGAAUGCAGCUAUCUGUAUAUUGUCUUUCGAUUACAGCUGUAACAUGUCGAAAUCUAGGGAUGUUUCAAGAGUACUAUUAAAUUACUCGUACUAAAUUUUUAUUGCUUUCUUCUCCCGCUGUUGUAUUUUUGCUGGUCUUAUAAUAUGAUCUGUAUUCUUGAUUUAAUGAACAAAUGAUGUUGUAUUGA